CGGUUACCAUACGCCUGACCGCAGCUUUAUAUUAAAUGAAUCAGGAAGCGUUUUAAACGACCAAGUCGACUCUUGGUUGCGACAGAAUAGGCUGUCUGAUACAAAACAACACGGAACAUGGCGCUUGACAAGAAAACUGGCGUUCAAAAGUUCAAUUUCAGUUUUGUUUCAGUCAUUAUGACAGCAUUGGUAGUUGCUGAAACAAUUUAUCUGCAUUUAAGGAUAUACAAAACAGAAAGCAUCCUUAUGAACAGAAUAGACGAUCUUGAAAGAAAACAGCAUGUUACGGAGCAGAAAUGUGAAGGAAUUUCAAAUCGUGUUGGUAAACAAAAGCAAGAUGUUAAAAAUGAUUACACUUUGUACCUGAAAGAUAAAAUCAGAAACAUAGAGCAACGGAAAGUACGGCCAAGGCGUGACAUUGACGCGAAAAUUGAUUCGAUUCUACAAGCCUUAAAAUCGCCGCCUCAUUAUAUAUUGCAGCCUUGGGAAAGGACACCCGGAAACGGAAGAAAAUGCCAAAAUGUUACACUUGUUUGCCAGAAGGGAGAAAGAGGAGCCAGGGGUAAAUCAGGGCCCCGUGGUACAAAAGGAGAUACCGGAGAGAUGGGAGCUGUCGGUCCUGAAGGUAGGGUGGGCCUUCAAGGCCAGAAGGGUGACAGGGGGUUAAAGGGCGAGCCUGGUUUGCCAGGGAGAUCUAUUUCAAAACCAGAUAUAAAGUCAAAGUUUCCUAGCAAAAUCCUAACAACAGAAGCAACAAAUUUUACACUAGUUUGUGAAGCUGAUGGAAACCCUACACCGAAAAUGUUUUGGACCUUUUUAAAACAGAAGGUGGAUUCGCGGUAUGCUUUUCCAAUGACAGGUGCCUUGGUUAUUUCAAAUAUCAACGAGAAUGACAACGGUAAAAUCGCAUGUGUAGCAGAGAAUGUGCUUGGUAAUGAUACGGCUGAAACAGAGUUGUCCGUUCUCACAAAACCAAGAAUAUCUUUGGUUUCUAAAAGCAUAGUCAAUAGAAAGGAGGACUGGUCUGGAAGCCUAUUGUUCUAACUCUUUGUUCAAAGAUUACGUGGUCACGUGCCAAACUGAGUGCAAGGAACUUUCCCGCGCUAAGUCAAAAGACAAGGAUUCAUAAGGAAAACCGUAAAUUUAUGUUCGAAUAUUGUUAGAAUGAACCGUUGUUUUUUGUAACUAUGCCUGGAGCGAAUUGCUCAUUUCCAGGUUGUCACACUAACCGAGGAGAAAAGUACGAAGGGAUCGCGAUAUUUCGAGUCUCACAGCGGAAUCUUCCCAACUAUGUCGCUUGGCGAGAGGUUAAUAAAGUAGUAAAACAUACGUACAUACGAUAGUCAAUAGAAAGGAGGAAUUAACAUACGAAAAUAAAGUAGUUGAAACAUACGUACAUUUAUAGAGUUUUUUUAACUAUAUUUUUAUUUUUCAGCAAUUGAUUUGUCUGAAAAUUCAAUGAUGUAACCAUAAGUUUUUUAACUUCCCAACACAGAACUUUUUUCACUGAGGAUGUUCUUGCAAAGUGGUUCUUAGAUCAUAAAAAAGUGGUUCUUAGAUCAAAUUGACACUUCAGUAAUUUAUUUUUACAAAAGUACUAUUUUUCUGAAUAAAUUCCCACAUUCUUGUAAAUGACAACCUCUGAUAAACACCCAUCCUUUUUUAUUUCAUUAUGAAUUAUUUUAUUAAUGCCAAUUCUAUGAUCUAGUGACUGGAAAUAUAGUAGUAACAACUUAUUUUGGAAUACAAUUCAGGGAAGGUUUUGAACAUAAAAAAGAUAUCAUGUAUUGUUGAUACAUAGACUAAUUUAUAAACAAGAACCAUAAAAUUGUGCAUUUACACAGAUACAUAUAAUUGUGUGUGUUGGGAAAGCAGUUAAUUCCAUUUAUCUGCCUGUUUGCUGUGGGAAAAAAGUAACUUAACUUUGAUUUAUCUUUGCACUUUGUUAAACACCUGUAAUAUCUUUGUCUGAUGACUUCUUUAUACCUUUGCGUAAUCCUUUUACUCGUUUUCUCUCCAGUUGUGUUUUUGUUUUUGUUAUAGGAAAGGCUCUCACUCGUAGGUAUAAUUUGAUCAUAUUUUCCAGUAGGCUUAAACUUGUCUCCUUUUCCAAGGUGUGUGCAUCAUACUCUUUGAUGGUAUUGAACAAACUUGUUAUGUCAAUGUGCUUCAUUAAUUUUUGCAUUAUUUCUUGGCAGUUAAUGGACACCACAUGGCUCUGUGUUUCUCUUCUAGAUUCUUCUUCAACAAGUUUGAAUAACUCAAUAACUUCUCUCUUAACUCCCCAUAAGCCACCUCUAGAUUGGCAUUGGAUCAAUCUCUGAGUGCUAAUAUCAUCACUCCGGCAGGAAUUCAGCAAUAAAAGCACACCCUGGACAGCUUCAGAUUUAGAAUCAGUUUUUCUGUUAUAUUUUCUGACCAGUGAGUGAAUUACAUAGCCAGCUAGGUAUUGCAGCCCAUCAAAUUCACGUUCUGAAAUUGGCUUGACCACAACAGGUUGCUGAACAGGUUUCUUAUAGAAUGCUAAUAUUUUAUCAGCAAGUUGUGAUGCAAGAAUAGUGCACACAGGCAUUUCCAACUGGCUGAAAUAUUUUUUGGCAUUUUUGACAAUAAGAGAAUAAAAUGCAGAAUAUAAUUUUUCUGCAUCUCCAUUUCUUUUCAAGGACUGAUAAAUUUUCAGAAUUUCUUCUUUCAAAGAAUUGUUCACAUCUUCUGUAACAUAAGCAACUGCAAUACUGCGGAUUUCGUCAGGAAAACACUCAUCUUUGCUUAUAUCUUCUUUUGCUUCUUCAAUAAAAGAUUUAAUUGUCACACUAUCGAAACUUAUGGUAUCUCCUUCAGUCUCUGUUCCUGUUAUUUCAGUGUGUUUCAGAUCCUGAUGUUUUUUCAGCCCUCCUUUGCUUUUAUAACUUUUUCCACAGUGGGAACAACAUAAACUUUGAGUUUUUUCUGUCUGCCAAGAAAAAAAGAUUGGCAGUUUAGACUAUUGACAAAAAUAUUUAUUUUAAAUUUCAAAUUAGAUAAAAAUAUACUUUUAUUUAAAAGAAAAUAGGUGAUAACAGAAAAUAGUUUCAGGCACGAAGUGUUGUAUUUCUUCCAAUAAAUACCCACCUGUUCAUAGGGUGGCCUUUAUUAGAAACAUUGCAUAUAUCUAGCGUAUUCAAAAAAUGAAUAAAUCCCUCGGUAUUUAUUGGGGGAAAUAGGUACAGUUUGUUCGUACUCGUAAAAAACGUCUACCCGAGGCCUAAAGUCUCCAGCGGCUUGGACUUGCAAUUGAUGAUAGAUUUAAACAUUUUGACCACUCUGUUUCAAAACAAUCUCAAUACAUUUCAAGUACAAAAUAUAAUUAAUAUGAUAAACAAGCCAGAGAGGCAUUCCAAAUAUUAUCUUCGGAAACUAAACAUCCAGUCUCAUGGAUGUAUGUAAAUAGGCCUAUUGAAAAUGAAAACGUAAUAAAUGUUAAAAAAUGUUCUAUGUUUCACCUGUUGAGGAUCUUCAACCAAUGCAUCAUCGCAUUGCAGUUUGAAUUCAUCAUCAUCCAUGUACUCGAACAAAAAAUCGAGCGUUUCCCCACUCAAAAAGUCUUCUUCAUUUGUGGUGUUUCCACUGCAGAACGCCAUUUUAAAAAACAACUUGCACUCAGUUUGACCACGUGACUGGAUUUUGUCCGAUUGCCGAGUUUCGAAAGCGCAAACAAAGAAAACAAAAGAGAGAGAACAAUAGGCUUCCAGACCAGUCCUCCUUUCUAUUGACUAUGCUAAAAGGGUAUCAGGCACA